AUGUUCAGUCUUACGAAGCUGGCGUACCACAAAUGCAGCCCCAAAGACCGGCAGCGGUAUGACACAAUACCGGGCUACGUGACUCGUGUCGAUUUGCAGGACUGCUGUAAAUAUUUGCUUUCGUCCAACUAUAGGCCAAAGAAAAUGGAGAAAACGAACUUGUGCUCGUUGGCCGCCCGGAACGGACACGCCGAUUGCUUGCGGCGGGCGCACGUCAUGGGCAUACAGUGGAACGAGCGCACCUCCAUAGCGGCCUGUCGGGGCGGCAACGUAGAGUGUUUGCAGUACGCGCACGAGAACGACUGUCCCAUGCCCGGCAUCAAGCUAGCGCUGGCCUCGGCCGCCGCCGGCCAACUGUUCACGCUCGAUUACUUGUGGAAAAAUAAAUUUGAUUUCCCGAGAGACUUAUGCUCGGUGGCUGUCCGUUCCGGGAACGUCCGCGUGUUAAAGUACUUACGGCAGUUGAACUUCGGGUGGUACACCCAUACGACCGCGACGGCCGCUUACCACAACCAAAUAGAGUGCCUGGUCUACGCGCGAGAACACGGCAGUCCGUGGGACGAGUCGACGUGCGCUCUCGCCGCCCGGGUGGGGAGCUACGCGUGCCUCGUUUAUGCCCGCCGAAACGGAUGUCCGUGGGACGCCUACACCUGCACCUACGCCGCGUUUGGUGGCCAUCUCAGAAUUUUGAAAUACGCACACCGGAAUGGGUGCCCGUGGGGCACGAGGUCGUUCACCGCCGCCGCGGCGGGCGGUCAACUCAAAUGUCUGAAGUACAUGCUUCGGAAUGGAUGCCCGCAAGACGAGUGGGCGUGCGCCGCCGCCGCUAUGAACGGCCACCUAACAUGUCUAAAAUACUUGCAUCAGAACGGGUGCAAGUGGGACUUUCAUACAACCUAUCAGGCGGGUAUAAACAAGCAUAUGAAGUGCUACAAAUACGCCAUGAAUAACGGUUGCGAUUGGUCGUACUGGCUGAAUCGGGGACCAAUAAAUUUUAGUCGCCAACAAUAA